GCGUCGGGCUGCCCGCCGGCGUGCGAGUGCAAGUGGCGCUCGGGCAAGGAGGCGGCGUGGUGCCGCAACGUGACGGCCGUGCCCGCCGGCCUGGACGCGGGCACGCAGCUGCUCGACCUGUCGGGCAACGCGCUGGCGCCGCUGGCGGCGCGCGCCUUCGUGUCGCGCGGGCUGGCCCACCUGCAGCGCCUGCACCUGGCGCGCUGCGGGCUGCGCGCGCUCGCCGCCGCCGCGCUCGCCGGGCUCGCCAACCUGGUGGAGCUGGACGUGAGCGGCAACCUGCUGCUGGCCGUGCCCUCGGCCGCCUUCCAGCCCGUGCCCGAGCUGCGCGAGCUGCGCCUCUCCGCCAACCCGCUCGACCGCCUGCCCGCGCGCGCCUUCCACCUGCUGCCCCGGCUCGUGCGCCUCGAGCUCUCCAACUGCCGCAUCAGCCGCAUCGACCCGCGAGCCUUCGAAGGUGUCGAGUCCUCUCUCGAGUGGCUGCGACUGGACGGCAACGAGCUGACCGGCACGGAGUCCGGGGUGUCGGCGUUGACGACGCUGCGCGCGCUGCACGGCCUGGCGCUGGCCGGCAACCCCUGGAACUGCAGCUGCGCGCUGCGGCCGCUGCGCAGCUGGCUCACCGAGCAGCGCGUGCCCCUGGGCGACGAGCCGCCCACGUGCCGCGAGCCGGCGAGGCUGCGGGGCCGCGCCUGGGACCGCCUGUCCGCCGAGGACUUCGCCUGCCGGCCGCGGCCCGCGCCGCCGCCCCUCGUCAGCGCGCAGGAGGGCGGCGCCGCCCAGCUGCGCUGCCCCGUCAGCGCCGACCCGCCGCCCACCGUCAAGUGGCUGUGGCGCGGGCGGCCGCUCGUCAACAGGUCGUCGCCGGGCCGGUACGUGGUGAACGCGUCCGGGGGCGCGCUGACCGUGCUGCGGCUGGAGGCGUCGGACGCGGGUUCGUACCAGUGCGUGGGCGAGAACCGCGCGGGCCGCGCGCUGGGCGCCGUCACGCUGGAGGUGCGCCGGCGAGCCGCGGCGCCGCCCCCGGCCGCCGCGCUGUCGGGCCGCGUGCUGGCGGCGGGCGUCGCCGUCGCGGCGCUGCUGGUGCUGGCCGCCGGGCUGCUGGCCGCCUGCGCGCUGCACGGCGCACUCGCCAGGAAGCGCCGCCGCCGCCGCCACGACGCCGCAGAGGGUGAGGAGAGCCUGAGUACGCAGGCUGCCGGCGGCUGCGACAGCGGGGGCGGUCUGUCCGGCCCGGGGGCGGGCGGCGGCGGCGGAGGCGGCGGCGGCGGCAGCUACGAGAAGAUAGAGCUCAACCAUAAGCCACCGUCGCCCAGGAUACUCAACCACCGCGAACAGGUGGGCACGGCCGAAACUGCAGUGGUGUCGCAUCCGCGGAUGCGCGAGUACCGCGGAGUGCCCGACACUGAUGACGAGGACGAAGACGUGGAGGACGAGGCCGGCUACGAGGAGGACGAGCAGGAGACGACCACGCCCUCCGCUGACCUCCACAUCCCGCGCAUCAACAGCUGGGACACGACGCCGAGCACGACGUCGAGCAGCUGGGUGCAGGUGCAGGGGCAGCUCAAGUCGCCGGCGCCGCUGUCCCCCGGGGGCGGCGCGGGGGCGGACAGCAGCCAGUCGCCGCUGCUGGGGGCGUCGCAGCUGUCUCUGCUGCAGCGCCAGCCGCCCCCCAGCCCGCCGUGCCCUGCGCGCGCCGCCGCCGACCUCGCGUCCUACGACUACCACGCGCAGCAGCUGGAGCGCUUCCUCAUGGAGUACCGCAGCCUCCAGCGGCAGCUGUCGCGCAUGAAGAUGGCCGUGGACCGCCGCCGCGGACUGGGGGCCGCUCCGCCCAGUGCCGGAGCCACGUCACCGCCUCCCUACUGGCUGGGGACGGCCAAGGCCACGGCGCCCACCUCCGCCGCUCCACAGCACCGCCGCUUCAGCGGGGGCGACUUCUUCCUGAGCUGA